AUGAGUCUCCUCGAAUUCGCCGCCUGUGAUGAUCUCCAAUCGUUCAAGAGAGAGGUCGAAGAGAAAGGGCUCGAUUUAGACGAGCCUGGUUUAUGGUAUUGCAGAAGUCUCGGGUCGAAGAAGAAGAUGGGUCUUGAACAGAGGACGCCUCUAAUGGUUGCUGCUACGUACGGAAGCACAAAAGUUUUGAACUUUAUCAUUUCCACCGGAAAAUCCGACGUGAACAGAGCUUCCGGCGAAGAUAAAGUCACUGCGCUUCACUGUGCUGUCGCUGGUUGUUCUGUUAACAUGAUCGAAGUCAUCAAAACCUUGCUUGAUGGCUCUGCUCUGGCUAACUCUGUUGAUGCUAAUGGGAAUCAACCUUUGGAUCUCUUUGUUCGAGUUUCGAGAUUCGUGGCUGCUCCGAGGAGAAAGGCCGUCGAGUUGUUGCUCCGAGGAGGCGGUGUUAUGAUCAAUGAUGCUGUCGAAGAAGAAGAGAUCAAGACAGUGUCUAAGUAUCCAGCUGAUGCGUCAUUACCUGAUAUCAACGAAGGUGUUUACGGAAGUGACGAGUUUAGGAUGUAUAGCUUUAAGGUCAAGCCCUGUUCGAGAGCUUACUCUCACGACUGGACGGAGUGUGCUUUUGUUCAUCCGGGAGAGAACGCGAGGAGAAGAGAUCCGAGGAAGUAUCCUUACACUUGUGUUCCUUGUCCUGAGUUUCGUAAAGGGUCUUGUCCGAAAGGAGAUUCCUGCGAGUACGCGCACGGGGUUUUCGAGUCGUGGCUUCACCCGGCGCAGUAUAAGACAAGGCUCUGUAAAGACGAGACUUGUUGUGCAAGGAAAGUUUGUUUCUUUGCGCAUAGACGUGAAGAGAUGAGACCUGUGAAUGCUUCGACUGGCUCUGCUGCUGUGUCUCAGUCUCCGUUUAGCAGCUUGGAGAUGAUGAUGCAGCCGACUGGUUUGUCGUCUCCGCUUGCGUAUUCUUCUUCAGGAGUUUCGACUCCUCCGGUUUCUCCGAUGGCUUCCUCUCCAAGAAACGGUGGGUCAUGGCAGAACAGAGUGAAUGCUCUGACUCCACCGGCUCUGCAGCUUAACGGAGGAGGAAGUAGAUUGAAGUCAACGUUGAGCGCAAGAGAUUUGGAUCUUGAUAUGGAGAUGGAGAUGAGACUUCGAGGUUUUAGCAAUGUGGAAGAGACGUUCGGGUCUUAUGUUUCCUCUCCGAGGGGUCAAAACAUGAACCAGCAUUAUCCUUCUUCUCCGGUGAGGCAGCAACAGCCUCCUCACCACGGGUUUGAGUCUUCAGCUGCGGCUGCGGUUGCGGCGGUGAUGAACGCUAGAUCAUCCGCGUUUGCGAAACGCAGCUUGAGUUUCAAACCAGCUGCUCAAACAGCGGCGCAGCAGUCGAAUCUCUCGGAUUGGGGAUCGCCUAGCGGGAAGCUCGAAUGGGGGAUGCAAGGAGAGGAGCUGAGUAAGAUGAGGAGAAGCGUUUCCUUUGGAAUCCAUGGGAACAACAAUAGCAAUAACGGUAACAGUAACGGAGUGAGAGAUUACAGGAACGAGCCAGAUGUGUCGUGGGUUAACUCUUUGGUCAAGGACAAUGUGGUGUCGGAGAGAGGCUUUAGGAUGAAUGAGAGGGUUCGGAUAAUGUCGUGGGCUGAGAAAAUUUACAGAGACAAAGGGCAGACUGUGGCCACCAAAACCCUAAAUUCGCGUGAGUUGGCCGUCGCCGCCUCUUCUUCUUCCUCCGUUUCUUCUUCGUUUGGAAUGGUUGCUUCUUCGUAUGGAAAGGGCUUCAAGAAAUACUGCAUUCCAGGCAUGAGAGCCGAGUUGGCCAAGGUCCAAAGAAGAAACAGAAGGGCAAGAAGAAAUCGGGUUUGGUGGGACGUGGAGAACUGCAUCGUCCCCGGCGACUUCGAUGCCCUCGCCGAGAUUGAAGAAAAUUUUUUAUUCAUCCGGAGGCGCAAGAUUUGA